AUGGCAGAACUUAUAGUUUCCUCUUUCAAAACUCUUCUUGAAGCAAAGGAUGUAUCCGAAAUAGGUGACACAAUUCCAAUUCCACGCUUUGGAGAACCACAUAUUCAACAAGUUAUACAACAAGCAAGAAAAUUACUUUCCCUAGGAUCCCCAGUUGUUCAUUUUUCUGGUCCUUGCGUUAUUGUUGGUGAUUUGCAUGGAAAUUUACAUGAUUAA